AUGCUGGAGUUGUCAAUCGUUUACGGACUCAACGAGAACGACACGAGGAAAGUUCGAGAGAUGCGCGGGGGUAGGUUCCUCGCUGACGUCAUCAACGGCAAGGAAUGGCCGCCGUCUGGGUCCUACGCGUGCAUCCAGAACCAGCCUCUACAAGGCGAGACACGAUGCCACAAUAUUCCUGUUAUAGGUGCCCAAAUAAUAAUGGGAGGAAGCGUGAUGUACCUAUGGUUUUAUAGAAUGCAUAACGCGGUAGCUCGCGAGCUCCAAUCUAUGAACCCAUGCUGGGACGACGAGAAGCUCUUCUACGAAGCAAGGGAAAUUGUGAUCGCUUUCGUCAACCAGAUAUGGUACUACGAGCUAUAUCCGGCUGUUUUGGGUUACGAUUACCUCCUGAAGAACAAAGCGAUAUACAGCACUUGGGGACACAUCAAUGAUUACAACCCCAAGCUGGAGCCAGCAGUCAGUAUUGAAUACGUCGUCGGCACUCGCUGGUUCCAUACAGUACAGGAAGGCCGCUCCAAGCUCUACGACAGAGACGGCAAACUGAUCAAUGAGUUGGACUCUGUGGAGCUGACCCUGAGGACCGGCAUCCUUCCCCUCAACAGAACCAUCCAGGGUCUGACCCAGGGCUACUUCCGCCAGGCUACAGCUGCUGAGGAUUAUAUCAUCGACCCCGAUAUGGGCGAGCGAGUGCUCGGAAGCCUGCAGACGGCUUCAGACGUGUACUCCAGUGACAUCAUGAAGGGUCGUGAUGAUGGUCUACCGGCGUACAACAAGUAUCGUCAGAUCUGUAACCUACCUGUGGCCAAGGACUUCGAAGACCUAAGGCAGUGGAUGCCGGAUGAUAAAGUGGACGCAAUGAUCCAGCACUAUGAAACAGUCGACGACAUAGACAUAGUGGCUGGCUUCACAUCCGAGUAUCCCAUGAAGGAAGCCGCCUUCGGCCCGACCCUCGCUUGCAUGAUGACGGAUCAGAUCAAGCAUUGGAGACAGGCUGAUAGGUUCUGGUAUGAGAACCAACAGCACCCUGGGGCGUUUACUGAAGAGCAACUGUACCAGAUUCGUCACAUGACCAUGUCACGUGUCAUUUGCGACCACGGGGAUGAGGUCGACACCAUACAACCCUGGUCAUUCUUCUUAGCUGGUCCUGGGUAAGUUAGGCUGCUCCCUUGGAUUUGUCUCGAUAUACUUUUCUAUUACAUUU